AUGAUAAGUAAAUUAGAAACACUACCAGAUGAAAUAUUACUUGGUAUAUUUUCUUAUUUAUCAUGGGAUAAAAUACUAAUAUCAUUAUGGUCAAUAAAUAGACGUAUUAAUUAUGUUAUCUAUUCAGUAUUUUCAAUGGAAAAAAGUGGACUUGUUUUUAAUCAAUCAGAUUUAUCUUAUAAAAAUUUCUCAUCGAUAUUACUACCGUUAAUUUUGAAUUCAUCGUAUCUUUCUUCUUUAAUUAAAUAUAUUCAUUUUGAUGGAACUUAUUCAAAUUCUUAUAAUAUUAUAAAUAAAUGUCUUUAUAAUCAACAAAUUCUUUGUUUUCCUAAUCUCAAAUCACUUGAUAUUACUCGAUGUUUAUUAUCUCGAUCAUUAAUUCAGACAUUAUCCUUACUUAUCCAAAAUCAAUUGGAACACCUUACAUUAACAUUCGAUAAAGAUGUGGUAAAAGUGAUUGUAAAUACAGAUGAAUUCUGCAGAGCUGCUCCGCGCACAGGAAAAUUAAUAACUAUGAUUAAAAAGCUGAUAAGUCAACUUUUUUCUGAUAAAUGUCAGUUAAUAUUACUUCGACUUGAUAUUGGUGACGAUGAUAAUCCUCUUAAUAUUCAUAAAUGCUUUACAUCAUGUUCUCAUCCUUCUUCAACUUCAAUUUCUAAUAUAAAUCAAUACUGUUGUUGGACACUUCGUUAUUUAUACAUUAGUCUUAAGUAUCCGUCUUUUCUUGAACAUCUUAUCGAACAUAUACCAAAUAUUGAACGACUAUCAGUUAGUUUCAAAAACUGGAUGGGUCUUGAAUUUCGAUCGAGAUCAGAUAUUGACACAUUAAUCAAAUCAAAUGAAAAUUGGUGUGAAAAGGUAAGAUAGAUAUACUUGGUUCCUGACUUUUUAUUUUCCUUCAGUGUUUUAAUAACAACAAAUUUCCAAAUGAUUUUUAUAAUGAAAUAUCUAUUUUCUGUGCUAUUCAUUUAGUCAUUUUUUUGUUUGAAUAUAAAUCUUUCCGUUAAGUCCUAUAGAACAACUCAGAAAUACAAAUUACUGUAUGGUUUGAGUACACUCGUAAGGUAUCAAUAUCUCGUCCAAUACUAUUUUAAAUUAAUUGAAAAAGUUUGUCAUAUAUCACUGUUUUUCUUAAUUUCUUUUCGUGCUUAGUGGUAAUUGUUUUCAUGUUCUUUGUUUCAAAAAUCGCAUAUUACCAUUUGAUGGUGAAAGGGAAAUCGAAAUUGAGCAGGAGAUCGAGAAUAAUAAAUAUUCUUGAUGACAAAACCAUGAAUAUAUAUACAGUGCAGGCUUGCCGAGCAGGGGGGGAGGGG